CCGAAAGCAGCAAGAGACCAAGCAGCAGCACUACCAUGAACUCAUCAUCGGCACGCAUUCAAUUCAAGGCGCUGAAGGGAUUUCCGGGCAAUGCCGCCGAUAAGAUCGAAACUCGAGCGUUUCUCGACGCCGCCCUAGAGAUAGUGACAGUUAUAGAGAGCUUUGGCAAGUUAUUUACGCCCGUGAUUAACGACAUGAAUGGAAAUAUAAAUAAAUUAAGCAAAGUUUACGGCGAGAAUGUGCUGAAACAUCAUUAUCUGGAGGAUAUGAUCUUACUCAAUAUGAAGGCCGAGAACGUGGCACCCAAUGCACUGCUUUGGCUGAAGCGCGGCCUGCUGUUGAUCUGCAUUUUCUUUGAGAACAUUUACAACGAUGCCCAGCGACAGGAGCCGCUCAAGCUGCAUCUGCAGAAUGCCUACGAGCGCACACUGAAGCCCUAUCAUGGCUUCAUAGUGCAGAGCACGAUUAAGAUCAUUUACGCCUGGGUGCCCACACGCAGUCAGCUGAUUGGACAGGGUGAGGAUCAGGAGGAGAAUCUUGUUGUGUUGGCCGAUUACUUGCCCACCAUGCGGGCACAAAUGGACAAGAUCGAUGCCCUGCUCAAGGCACACAAUCUAGACGAGGUUCCGCGCUAAAUGGAUGGCUUCAUGGCUUAAUGGAAAUAUCAGUCAAUAGUCAAUAGUUGCAUCCUAGCUUGUAGCUUACUUUUAUUUUAUUUCGUAUUGGAGGGAGGCCUCAAUAAACCUCAGAAGCUUA